AUGUACACUAGCAGUGCUGCGACCAUGGGCGACGGCAGAGCGGGUGCGACCCGCCACGGCAUUGGGACAGGCAUUCCGGAGCAACGCGCAGACAUUGGCAGUGGCGGUAGAACUGGCAUUACUGCGGGCGCUCGGCCGCCCAGGUCUCUUUCCUCGUUCUCUUCUCUGCUCGUUAGCCUAGCGCGGCCCACCGGGUCCAACACCUCUGCAAGCGACGUAGGUGACUCUGACGGUGCCUCGGCAGGUGCCGCUGUUCAUGGAGCCGAACACACCACAGUUGAAUCUCGCCGCCGCCGUUACAGUGCCCAGUCCAUAUCAUCCCUUCCGCACCCGUUGCUAUCACGGCCACGCCAUAACCUGAAUCCGCUUCGGACCAGUGCCCAUGGCGGUUUCACCACAGUGAGCACGCGGGGAUCACGGCGGCACCACAUGGCCCACAACGGCUCACCACCUCAGCGCCGGGCAUCUGUGCUGGCGGCAGCUGCAACACGGCGAAAGGUGGAUGCGGCGACGGCAGAAAAAGAUGUGCCUGCUCUCUCGCUUGCCUGUGAUGACUCAUCAGCGUCUUUCAUUGAUGGAUGGCACACGUCUAUGAACGCUGCUACCUUUGCGACGAUCGGGGCAGCAUCAGCUGCAGCAUCAUCGACGGACUCAACGGCCACCCCAACCUCUCUCGCCAACGGGCGCGCCAAUCCCUUACUAUCGCGUGUAAGCGCCCCGUUGGCCAAGGCGUCUGCGGCCCGAAAAUUCUAUAAGGAGGAUGCCCGCAGCGGCAGCGGCAACACCGUUCCUCGACGGAAGACGGCCCGCGAUCCCGGCGGUGGCUCGUCGUUGCCCCCCUCUCUGGCUGUGAAAGGCCGCCACCACCAGUAUCGCAACGGACAGGUUGACAAGGAAGAGCACAGCAGCGGCAGCAGUGCUGGCGCACGCGACAAAUCGCAGAAGGCCAGGGUAGCCUCAGACGUAUGCGCCGAUCAGCCGACGUUAUCUCGCCAUCCCUAUCAACUGGGCGUAGAAAACUUCUCGGAGUUGGCAGCGGAGCCGGCUGCACCUCGGCGCCGCGAGAGCACCUACGCCGCUCCCUUUCGGCCGUUUUCCUGGAGCGCGUUUACUGGAGACCGCGCCGAUGCUUCCAGCCCGGCUGCUCCAGCGUCUGCCGUCGAGGUGUCUCACUCACCGGUGACGUCAUCUUCCCGUCCUAGCGUCACUUCCCAUGCGAAUUGCACGGGCCACUUGAAGCCGUCUCUGUCGACCACGCCAGCCUCUCCGAAGGCGAUGGGUGUGCCCGUGCCAUCUGUGCACUUCAUCUACACGCGGACCAGUAGCAGGAGCAGAGAUCUAGGUCGCGAGAAGUCCAAGUAUCGCUCUCUAUCGGCGACGAGGAAUGUACCCGGCAAUGGCGUUUGUGCUGUUGUGGCUGCAUCGACCGAGCCCGCAGCCACGGCUGUGAGGGUGGUGGACCUCGCUGACGGGCGUGCCGCGGCCACCACGUCCAUCGCCUCAGCACCCGUGUCACUGCUGACACAGCUGCUUCACAGAGGCAGCACGCUGCCGCAGAGACAUACAAAAGGAACGCUUGGACAGCCCAGCGCGCACCCCACUUUUACGCGCAGCCUCACCUACACCUGUGCGCGCGCACAGGAGUCAAGGCCAGCGGCUCAGUCGCCUUCUGAGGGACGCGGACGCCCUGCGGACGAGAAGCGUAACGAUGCCUCAAGAAAGGAUGCCGAGCCCAUGUCGGGUGGUGGUUCGCGGCGCACAAGCACCAGGGACUUUGAGGAGGCGUCGCACUCGCAUCUGCAGCGGUGGCGCCAACGCCAAGAGGAGAAUCGCUCAAAGGAGAAGGAUGCGACAUCAAUGAGCGCCUCAACAUCGUCCACUGUCGAGAGUGCCACGACGUUAAGAGAUGUGCCGGUGAAAGAUAAGGUAGGCGCAGCACCAAGAGAACAGGGGGCGAGGCCGUUGCCGAGUGAGCCAGCUACGGACGCGUCGUGGCAGCGGCAAGCGAAAAACGAAAAGCCAUCCGCACAAGCGGUCAGCAUCACCGAUACCGACCUCGCCGUUGCACCACAGCCGUCGACAGAGGAGUCGGAAAGACGGCGCAAAAGAUCUGUGACAGUAGAGGCCCGGAAUGCUGCUAGUGCGCCUACGGUAAGCGGGUCCUUCCUCCUCAGUGAGGUCAGGCACGGCGGCGCUGUACCAGAGUCACCGGAAGCUGCGCUGGCGUCUGUCGCCUCCAAGCGGAACUCAAAGGUGUCGACGACGCCGCAGCCGGAACUGCCAUCUACAGUGCAAAAUCGAAGCGUGAUUGAUGGCUCUGCAGCUGCAGCUGCCAGAAACCAUAAGGUACAAGCUGAAUCAACUGCCAGCGUGUCAACUCACCCCGCACCGAGCAAGUCCUCCAGCUGCUGCCUGGCAGAGGACCCAGCGCAUCGAGUUACUGCGAAAGAUGGCAUUCUGGUGGGCCGGGAAGCGCAGCCGUCGCUGGCGUCAGCGCAACACACAACCCAUCCUAGAUUUGUGUCAGAAAAGGCGAAAGGUGCUACUCCGGCUAACCGCCGGCCGCUGGAUCGUACAUCGGCGCACCAGUCUGCGCCUUGCCAGACCACGCAAAGGUCUACAACGACUGCAAAGGAGGACACGGCGCCAUUCCUGUCAGCCAGCGCCACUGAGACGCAGGGGCUGUUCCGUGCAGUGCUCGAGCGUCGUGAGCAACGGCUUCAGCUCCAGGAGUACUUGAGGAACGCUGGCCGCGCCUUUCCUCAACAGUCGACCUCGAUCGAGACUCCUGUUGGGAUGCCUGGUGGAGUAGAGGUGUCACCGGUUUUCUCUAGCCUUGAGUGGUCAAGCACGCGCCACACCACCGUCACCUCCAGCCCAUGCACGUCUUCAUGGACGCUGACGCAGGGCACGACCGUGUCCGCCGCGCUCAAGGCUGAGUCCACGCGUUCGGCCGCACGUGCUGCGCGUACCGUGACCCCUGAGGGUGUCGAGGUGCUUCACAUGAGCUCUGUUGAGAGUUCGCCGGCGGACCCUGAGGCUGGCAAGAACGCGUCACGCAGGGGCGGCGGGGUAGGGGCAGAGACACACGCUGAGCCUGCUCUCUCCUCUCAACGCAUGCGUGGCGAUCUUCGAAGCUCUUUUUCCACCACCGAAGCGUCCGCUGAGCAGACAAGCCCGGGUCUCAAGUCGCUGCAAAGAUCGAAGGACGAGGAGCUGGCGGAGCGACGGCCCGCCAGCGCGACGCCUGGCGCGUACACGCCUCUGCUACAGUGGGCUCGUCAAAACAGGACGCAGCUGCUGCUCCCCAGCGGUGGUGCACCAACACCCCUGCCGGCAAUCCACGUGGCAGCUGGCCACGCUGCAAUGCCCGUAACUACUGAGAUGGAACAGAAUCCUCACCUUGUCCAGCGACGCGCUCUCGUCAACAAGUACCCGCGACCAAGCAGAACCGCCAGCGACACGGAGGUGAACAACAACGAAGUGCAGCUACCCGAGGCGGGUGCGUCACGGCAUGUCCCCAAAGAGUUGUUGCUCCGCAAGUUAGCAGACACGUGUGGUUCUCAUCGGCGCAGUAGCACUCACAGCUUCGUGCGCGUCCCCUCCUUGGGCAAGGACAUGGCGCCGGAGAGGCAUCCGACUCCAGCGCCUGCGUACUCGUCGGGUCAAGGUGCAGGUGAAGGUCUCAGCACUCCCGUAGCGGAGGGAGAGUUACUGCCUCAUGCUCGCACUUCCGCCGUGGCCGACGACGCGAAAGGUGCCUCCACCUGCACCGUUACUUCUCUCGGCGACAUCCAGCUAGACGAGCUAGACAAACUCGAGCAGAGCAUCAAUGCACUGUUGCAGAGUUACGGGCCCAGAAAGGCGGCAGAGGAGGGGAGCGCGCCGGUGAAGUUGACGGCCGCCGCUGCGCUCAUGCGUGAGACAUCUCCGCCUGCGAAGACGUCCGCGAGUACGAAUGCGAGACACAAGGAGGACAUGGCAGCCGUGAAGGAACACAACAGGAAUGAUCGAAAGGACGACGAGUUGGUGCCGCGUGACACCCAAGGCGGUGGCCACGCCCGGCCCCAUCACAGCUGUACGCUCGAAACUGAGGAUGAUGACAGCCAGCUGGAAGAGAGCAGACUUUGGUGUGGCGACGAAGACGAGCACGAGGCCAAGCCGCCACCGUCGUUUGUGCCGCUGCUUGACCUGACGCUGCUGCUGGUGCCAACAGGCGAUUCAGAGGACCUCAAGCCAUAUCGCAUCCCGUUGCCCUCCGCCGUGCCGGAACCCGACGAGGCCCGCCGGCGUUUUCUUUGCAGUAUCGGCGCCUAUGCAGCAGCCUUUGGCAAAGAAGGCAAGACAGCGACCGCAGGCGACAGCCUCAGCGCUGGUGCGGCAGAUGGCCCAAGCGCGUCUGCGUCGAUGAAGGGCGCCGAGGAUGCCGCGCCGCCUCCCGGCAACUCUGCGUUGCUGAAUGACUCGUGCGCAGCGCCUUCACGGCGGGCCAGCAAGAUCGGCACGUCCCUCACAGACGUCUCCCCGUUUGUGAAUGAGCGGGUUCGGCGAAUGCGAGCGUCACGGCAGUCUUUCUCGUCGACGGAGACGUCCACGGUGGACAUGCGGAGUCGUAGGGCAUCUCGCAAUGCGAGCGGCGCUGCGAAGGAGGGUGCCGACAAGGCGGUGGGCGGGCAGGCCGAUGCUAAGAACGCGUCGCUCAUGGAGAAAGCUGCAGAUGCCACCCCGACGGAAGAGAACGAAGAGCUUCGUUCCAGCGGUGGGGCUGAGCAUGUGCGGUCGUGCGUAGCACCCAUGGUGCUUUUCACAGACGACAGCGAUGCCUUGGAUGGAGGUCGCGGUGCCGAGCGCGACCGACGCGUGAACCGCCAGCGAGGUCGGGUGCAGCGCAUUCUUUUGGAUUGUCAGGAGCAGCGAGAGCGCAAGGAUACUGCCCUUGAAGAGUUGAACGCUUUCAAGACUCUGACCAAGCGCUUCUAA